ACACACACACACACACACACACCCUCCUUGUCUUCCUCCUUUAAGAGCUCCCAGGGCCUCGCAGCAGCUUCACUUGUCAGGUCCACUCUGAGUGUCCACCACUUGCAUCCCUCUCGCAAUGGACCUGCACCCCACUGCACACUACCGUCACAUGGCCCAGGAAAAGCACCAAAUGCUAGACCUCAACCGCCGCCUGCAGAGCUAUCUGGGCCGGGUCAAGCUCCUGGAGGAGGAGAACACGAUGCUGUCCCAAGAGAUCCAAGCUCAGCGGCACGGCCAUCACGGAGCCUCCGUGAGGGAGAAGAGUUUGAAAGAAGAUCUCCAUCGGGCCAGAGCGGAGCUGGACAAGGUCUGGAGGGAGCGGGUGUACACCGAGAUGGAGGUCUGCAAAUUGAGUGAGGAGAUCCAGAUGGUUGAGCGGCACUGUCAGAAGGAGGCAUUGGCCCAAGCGGAGAUCAAGGCGAAAAUGGAGGUGAGCAGGAAGGAGCUGGAGGAGGAACACGGGGCUCAGAGGUGGCUCAGGGAGAGAAUCAAGCAAUUGGAGGAGGAAAUGGAUCACCGGGUUCGGAACCACGAGGCAGAUGUGGCCCACUUGGAAACCAUGCUGAGCCAUUCGAUACCACCGCGCACCACUCCGAAUCUGGACCUCCUUCAGCUGGAGCAGGAGCUCAGCCAGCAGGCCUCCAGGGCAUGGCAUGAGACGGCGGAAGCCUACCAGGCACAGCUAGACCAACUGGAGGAGAGCCUGAGAGAGACAGCAGCCCGUUUGGGCCAGGCGGAGCACCACAAGAAUGAGUACCAGGCCCAUCUGAGGGCCCUGGAGAGAGACCGGAUCUCCGAAGGGGAUGUUAGGAGGCAGCUGGAGGAGACAGCAGAGCAGCAAAGGGAAGAACACAGACAACACAUAAACACACUUCAGGAGCACUGGGAGUGCCUGGAGAAGGAGAAAGAGCAUCUGGGCCAGCAGCUUGAUCGUUUGGUGCAGGAGAACCGAGGUCUGCUACAGCAGAAGAUGUCGCUGGGCCUGGAGGUGGUCACCUACAGAGCUCUGCUGGAUGGCGAGAGCCUGCGGCGAGAUGAUGUCUCUCUUCUGAAAGACUCCAGAAACAUUACACUGAAAGACAUGCCUGUGAAGCCUUCACGAGGGAAUUACCAACUACCUGGUCGCUGUAACACGCUCGCGUCAGUCAGGAGAGCACCGAUAACUUCAACGACACCUUUGAGGAGCAAGCCCGUAAACAUCAGCCAAGCUCGCGGGGGUGAAGAAACAGCAACAAUGGUGGCCAAGCAAGAAAGUCCUUAUCCCAAAAUACUGUAUGAUGGAGCAGUGGAAAAGUUCAGAGCACAGGAAGUGGACGAGAAAGUGACAUAUGCAGAGCCUCUAUCUUCUCCUGUUGGGGAUGAACAUGAGCAACAUCCUGCUGAACGUGCAGAAGAGGAAUAUGGUGGGAAAAGCGAGGAUAAAGCGUCUUUCGGCUUUCAGGUCCAGUCAGGAUCACCAAAGAGUGAAGGGCUAGAGUCAAGAAUCAUAGAAGAGAAGAAUAAGAUCAGUCACUGCCAAUCAAGUACCCAGGAACCAAAAUCAGAACUUCUGGGGAUGACAGCGAAAACCUUCAGUUCCUCGGCUCGAUGGAAUCCAGAACAGCAGCCAACUUUUCCUGUGGAGGAAAAAGCAGCUAACGGCUUUCAGCUGCAGCCAGGAGUUCUGCCACUCACUACGGAGAUUACCGAGUACCAAUCAAGUGCCCAGGAACCUACAUCAGACCUGCUGGUAAUGACAGAGAAGACAUUCAGUUCCACAGCUGGAAGUGAUCAGAAACAGUCACCAUGUGUUCUGGAGGAAAAAGCAACUGUCGCCUUUGAGAUUCAGUCUGAAGCUCCACCACGCACUGAGGAGAUCCAUCAGCAGCCAUCUGGCACCCAGGAACUGGACAUUGUGGGAAUAACAGAGGAGACCAUCAGUUCCUCGGCUGUAUACAAACAGGAACUGCCGCCUUGUGUCCCGGUGGCGGAAGAAACAGCUGUCGGCUUCCAGCUCCAGUCAGGAGCUCAACUUCUCCCGAAAGAGAUCACUCCGCACCACUCAAGCACCCACAAAUCAAAAACAGAACUUCUGACAAUGACAGAGGAGAUCUUCAGUUCUGCUGCAAGAGCUGCGGUUGAGCCAUGCACGGUGGAAGAUGAGCAGGAGCAAACGUCAAGUUCUGGAACAGAAGCAUUACUGGAACCCACCCUGGAAUCCAGGACCAGCAGUCCGUCUUCUGAAAAUGAGUUCAACCCCAUCGAUGUGAGUGAGAUCAAACAGGAAAUAAGCUACUCCACUUUGGGCACGACUGCGACAGAAGCAGUAGACAUGUUGUAUCCGGAUGGAGAAGAGAUGGACACAUGGGACAGCGUGAUAGAAAAGAAGAUCCAUGUUGAGUCAAGUGAACCCAAACCAGAAGCAGAAAGUCAGUUUGCGAAACCAGAGGAGGACAUCUUAACAAGAAGGUCUGAGCUAAGUAGAGGAGAAAUGAAGAAGCAAGAUGAUGAGAUGUGGCUUCAACGUGAAGAAAGUUCUCAACAUUCUGACGAUAAAGGCUUAAAUGAAGAGGACGAGGACUCCCAAAAUAUCUCGGUUUCAUGGCGAACAGAGCUAGAGAGUGACAGCUAUGCUCAAGAGAACACACUGGCUGAUGUGCGUCCACUCAUCCGGUACACCAGUGACGAGACGGAUGCCAACACACAAGCGUCACAUGUGGACGAGAGUGAGUCCAGUGACGGUGAGCAAGACGGACAGACCGGAGAGGUAGGUGAACCUGCAUGGAGCGAAAGCAAGGCCAAAAACUUUGGAACCAUGGAGGAUCUUUGUGAGGAAGUAGAUGAAGAGGUGGUAGAAAAUGACAAAAAAUAUUCUCAGGAAGCUUCUGGAUUGGAAAAAUCAACCUUGAAAAUCAGUGAGGGCCAUUUGGAUGAAGAAGUACCGGCAGCUGUCGAUGAUGUGGAGCUCGAGACAGAUCAACUUGUGGAGCAGGAAUUGGAAAACCUUUCUAUUGACAGCUACGCUUGCCACUUUGCUGAAGAGGUAGCCAAUGAGAGCCAAGCGGUGCUUCCUGAGGAUGAGGAGGAGGCUCAAAGAAAAGUAAUCCUGAAACAAGAAGUCAUUACGGACAUCCAAGUGACACACAACCUGGACUUUAGGGAUUCCAUGCAGCCUCAGAGGUUGCAGGAGGUGCAAGAGGAGGAUGUCCAUGAUGGAAUGAUGACAAAGGAACAAGAUGCAAUCCCAGAAUCUGAUGUCCAAGUGGAAAGCAACCUGGAUCUUAGGGAUUCUGUUCAGCCUCAGACUCUGGAGGAGGUGGAAGUGGUGGAGGUCCAAGAUAGAAUGAUGAAAAUGCGAGAAGAACUCAUCAAGGAAACUGAACUCAAAAUAGAAUGCAACCAGGUUCUAAGGGAUUCUGCGCAGCCUCAGGUGGACUCUCCGAAUGAUGAUGCCAAAGGAAAGGUGGAAGAGCGUGAGGUCCAAGAUCAUAUAAUGACCACAGAACAAGAAGUCAUCAUGGAAUUUGACACCCAAGUGGAAUGUAACCAGGACAUCAGGAAUUUGGUCUCACCUCAGGUGGACACUAUGGAUCAUGAGAAGAAGGUCCAGGACGAAAUGAUGACCAUGGAAUAUGAAGAGGCUGGCAUAGGGCUCCUGCCAUCCGGCAUGGAUUCUGAUGUCCAAGUAGAAGAUGAUCAGGACCGUCAGGACUCGAUCCCACCUCAAGUGGACACUCCAGAGGACGAUGAGGAAAAAGGGAUGGAAGAGAAGGAGGUACAGGAUGAAUUGACAGCAAAGGAACAAGAAACAAUCCCAGAAUCUGAUGUCCAAGUGGAAAGCAAACUGGACCUUAAGGAUUCUGUGCAGCCUCAAACGUUGGAGGAGGUGGAACAGGUGGAGGUCCAGGAUGGAAUGAUGAAGAUGGGAGAGGAAUUCAUCAAGGAAACUGAACUCAAAGUGGAGUGUGACCAGGUCCAUGGGGAUUCCGUGCAGACUCAGUUGGACUCUGCAAUUGAGGAUGCCAAGGAAAAGGUGGAAGAGAGCGAGGUCCAAGAACGAAUAAUAACCAUGGAACAAGAAGUUACCAUAGAAUCUGCCGUCCAAGUGGAACCUAACCAGGAUAUCAGGAGUUUGGUCCCGCCUCAGAUGGACACUAUGGAGGAUGAGGAGAAGGUUCAGGAUGAAAUAAUGAGAAUAGAACACGAAGAGGCCGGCAAAGGGAAGUUGCCAUUCUGCAUGGAUUCUGAUGUCCAAGUAGAAGAUGAUCUGGAUCUUGAGGACUCGAUCCCGCCUCAGUUGCACACUCCUGAUGACGAGAAAAAAGGGUUGGAAGAGAAAGAGGUCCAGCAUGGAACGCUGGGACAAGAGGAGACACAGGAAGUGCCCUUGCUCUCCUGCACAGAAUCUGAUGUCCAAGUGGAACACAAUCUGAACUUGGUGCAGCCUCAGUUGGACUCUCCAGAUGAUGGAGAGAAAGUCCAGGAUGAAAUAAUGACCACGGAACAAGAAGUUAGCAAAGAAUCUGCCGUCCAAGUAGAACAUAACCAGGACAUCAUGAGUUUUGUCCCGCCUCAGAUAGACACUGUGGAUGAUAAGGAGAAGGUCGAGAAUGAAAUAAUGAGUAUAGAACUCACUGAGGCAGACAAAGGGAAGUUGCCAUCCUGCAUGGAUCCUGAUGUCCAAAUAGAUGAUGAUCUGGACCCUGAGGACUCGAUCCCACCUCAGAUGGACACUCCAGAUGACGACGAGAAAAAAGGGAUAGAAGAGAAGGAGGUCCAGCAUGAAAUGCUGGGACAAAAGGAGACACAGGAAGUGCCCUUGCUCUCCUGCACAGAAUCUGAUGUCCAAGUGGAACACAAUCUGAACUUGGUGCAGCCUCAGUUGGACUCUCCAGAUGAUGAAGAAAAAGUCCAGGAUGAAAUAAUGCCCACGGAACAAGAAGAGGCUGACAAAGUGAGCUCGCCAUCCUACAUGGAUCCUGAUUUCCAAGUAGAAGGCAAUCUGGACCUCAGUGAUUUCAUCCCCCCUCAGGUGGACUCACCGGAUGACCAUGUGAAGGAGGUCCAAGAAGAAAUAUUGAAACAAGAAGAAGCACAGAAAGUGUACCUGCAGUCCUGCAUGGAAUCUGAAGUCCGAGUGGAACGCAGUCUGAACUUGGUGCAGCCGCAGUUGGACUCUCCAGAUGAUGGAGAGAAAGUUCAGGAUAAAAUAAUGACCACGGAACAAGAGGAGGCCAACAAGCUGAACGUGCCAUCCUGCGUGGAUCCUGAUACCCAAGUAGAAGACGAUUUGGACCUCAGGGAGUUUGUCCAACCUCUAUUGGACUCUCCAGAUGACUAUUUGGAAGAAGUUCAGGAUAUAACCUUGAACCAACAAGAUGCCGUCAAGGUAAAUUUACCAGUCAGCGGAUAUCUCCAAGAUGAAGACAUGCUGAGACAAGAUAUUCAAGAUUCCUUAGAAGCUCCGGAGAAAAGAAAGGAUGAGUUUGAGUCUAAUGUUUCCAUGGUGACACAUGCUGAUGAAACCUAUAGCGAGUUCCUUCGUGGGCUCGACUUUUUAGAAGAAGCUGAAGAAGAGCUUCUGGAGAAGCCACAGCGUGAAUCUCAAAACCAAAAAGGUCUGCUACAGGAAUAUACUUAUUCUGUGGGAGAAGACGAUGCCAGCAUUCUGGCAGAAAAAUGGAACAUCCUGGAGAACACGAGUGAGGACGUUGACAUCAGGCAUCCAAAAGAUGAAGCAGAAUCUCAUGUGAGUCAUCUUCGUGAUGAAGUUGGUGAUGGUGAACUUGCCGCCACAUUUGGUGAGAAACCAGUCGAGAUUUCCCUGAAGACUGCACCCGAAGAAGCUGUCAUCUUUGCCAUGAAGGACUCCUUGUCGGAAUUCCUGAAAACCAAUGACAGAGAGAACCAGAACCUCUGGGCUGCCCUUCCAGCUGACAAAUGGAAUGUCCCGGAGAACGUCAGCGAGGACGUUAACAUCCGACAUCCAAAAAAUGAAGAAGAAUGUGGCCUGAGUCAUGGUGAUGAAGAAGCAGGCGACGGCGAGAGCGCCCCCAAAUUUGACGAGAAACAUGUUGCGAUCUCCCCAGAGACUGCAACUGAGGAAAGCAUCUUUGCUGUGAAGGACUCCUUGACCGAAUUCCGCAAAACAAAUGUCAAAGACAAGCGGGACUUGUGGGUAUCGUCCAUGGAAGAGGCCGCCGCUUAUGGAUCAGAUGACAUCCCCAAGGUAAUGUCUGGGAUUCACGACGUGGAAUUUGGUAGUGAGUUGGACUGGGGGAAGGCAGUCAAUGGGAGUUCUGCCCGUGAUCGCGCCGGGAAGAAAGAGGAACAUGUGACCGGGGUGUCAGUGCAUUCUGAGGAAUCAGAAGUUGAGGGAGAGUGCUGGUCAUCUGGGGAUGAAUAAUCUGGUGUUUCUGAAAAUGUAGCAUCUCAGAGAAGGACCCCAA